AUGUCUUCUCUUAAGACCACGUCUUUAGCCCUCCUCUCCCUUCUCACCACCUCUCUCGCCCAGACUUUCACAUCAUGCAAUCCCUUGAAGCAGACGGAUUGCCCGCCCAACACGGCGCUGGGGGUCGGCAACUACUCCAUCGAUUUCACCCAGUAUACCAUGUCAGACAAAGUGUGGAAUGUCACCGCUGGCAGUAUCAACUAUGGAGACGACGGCGCCGAGUUUACGAUCAGCCAGCGAGGCCAGUCACCCACCGUCCAGACAAACUUUUAUCUUUUCUUUGGUCAAGUCGAGGUUAUCAUGAAGGCCGCCAAGGGUCAGGGCAUAGUGUCAUCGAUGGUGUUACAGUCGAUGGAUCUUGAUGAGGUGGACUGGGAAUUUAUCGGAGGAAACAAUUCAUAUGUUGAGACCAACUUCUUCAGCAAGGGUAACCAGACCGACUACGGCAACGCCAUCUGGUAUCCCAUCAAUGACCCUCAAAACGAGUGGCACAACUACACCUUGGACUGGUCGCAUGAAAAACUGGAUUGGAUUGUCGACGGAAACAUCAUUCGCACUCUGACCUAUGACGAGGCCAACGGUGGUCUCAAGUUCCCCCAGACUCCCUGCGACCUCAGACUCGGAAUUUGGGCUGGUGGUGAUCCUAAGGAGCCGCAGGGAACCAUAGAAUGGGCCGGCGGAGAGACCAACUACGACGACACCCCCUUCACCAUGGCCGUCAAGUCUGUCAGAGUGUCGGACGCCAGCAGAGGUACUCAAUACGUCUACGGCGAUACCUCCGGAAGCUGGCAGAGCAUCAAGAUUCUCAAUGACACCAAACCCAUCCAACUCGACGGCGAAAACAGCCAGUCCAGCACGCAAUCCGUGGAACAGAAAUGGAACGGCCUCCCCCAGAAGACCAAGUACAUCAUCAUCGCCGUGGUCUGCGGCGUCGUGGCGUUCUGCCUCAUCGUCUUCGCCUUCUGCUGCAUCCGCCAGCGUCGCGCCGGCAAGCACGAGAAACUCGUCGAAGACGCCAAAUACGAAAAGAUCACCGCCGAGGUCAUGGCAUACCGCGCCGACAUGUCGAGGAUGCGCGCUGAGGGAAAGAUGAUGGGCCCCAACGUCCACGUCAGCCCUGUGAGCCCCAUGAUGAUGGGCCACGCGGGAGCUUCGCUCCAGCAGAACUACGGUCAUGCGUCGCCUAUGAUGGCCGGCAUGAGGAGCCCGAACCCCGGUUACGGCUACGCGAGCAGCCAAUAUUCGAGAGGCUAUCAGAAAUAUUGA